CCGCCUCCUCCCGCUCCCUCCCUGAGCUCCAGGGCUCCGGCCGCGCGCUGGCGGGGCUCCGCAUUGCACACUCUGGGGGCGCCGCAGUGUUCGUGGGAUGGGGCAGCGGGCUGCCGCUGGCGGCCGGAAUCCGCGCGCAGCCCGGGUGCAAGUUCUCUCCCAUCGGCUCCGGCUCGAGUUCCCACUCUGGGGCCCUGUGUAUGAGUGACACGUCAGUCUGCCAUGGAACCUGGCCCUGCCCUGGCCUGGCUUCUGCUCCUGAGCCUGCUGGCUGAUUGUCUGAAAGCUGCUCAGUCCCGAGACUUCACAGUGAAAGACAUUAUAUAUCUCCACCCUUCAACUACCCCAUAUCCUGGUGGAUUUAAAUGUUUCACCUGUGAAAAGGCAGCAGACAAUUAUGAAUGCAACCGAUGGGCUCCUGACAUCUACUGUCCUCAAGAGACUCGAUAUUGCUACACUCAGCACACAAUGGAAGUCACAGGAAACAGCAUCUCUGUCACCAAACGCUGUGUCCCACUGGAAGAAUGCUUGUCCACUGGCUGCAGAGACUCAGAGCAUGAAGGCCACAAGGUCUGCACCUCCUGCUGCGAAGGGAAUAUCUGUAACUUGCCCCUCCCUCGAAAUGAAACCGAUGCCACAUUUGCUACAACGUCCCCUGUAAAUCAGACCGAUGGACACCCACACUGCAUGUCGGUGAUUGUGUCCUGCCUGUGGGUAUGGUUAGGGCUCACACUAUAGCAGCUCGACAGUGCCAUAAUAGCAGUGGUCCUUGGGAUCGUGAUGGUCCGCAGUCAUGCAUGAGUCAUUGACCAGACAGUAGUUCCAUGUGUGAGAACACUGCACUCGUGAACAUCAUUACAGCCAGGCGUUACCAUUACCAUGAAGAACAAGCACCGUUCCAAUGUUGUUAUUUUGAUUUGACCCAAGAACCCAUCAAAACUAGCCCACCCACAACGUAGACCCUAAGUUCUGUACCACAAACCUUUGUUUUAACUCCACAAAAUAGUUCUUAUUUAUUGUGAUCUGAUGUUCUUGGUUUAGAAUUUAUGCAUGAGCUGCAGGAGGUCCUGGAAUCCUUUGAGAUCUUCGAAAUAUGUUAUAUGGACACAUAGAUUUUUUUUCUUUCAGGAGAAAGAAAAAGAACCACUCGUUUAAUUACAAUGAUUUAUUCCCUUAUAGCUUUAGAGCUUUAAAACUUCAAAUCCCAAAGGAAUAGACUAUUUCCUUUGAGAUUCUGGCUGAGUCCCUAGAAGAGUAGUAAGCAAUUUGCUCAAUUUAAUUUUCCUAGCCUUUGUCUUUCAUUGCUAAGAAUCAUAUUUUCUGUGCUCCAUGUGGAGGAUUAAAAGGGUAUGGUAAAAUUUUGGUAUAUUUGUAGGGAUGGCUAGAGAAGGACUUUCCCCAACCUAAGGAAACUGACAUCCAUAAAGUAGCUAUGUUUAGCCCUUCGUAUAACUGGGGAGAUUGGCUUUGACAUGUGGCCUAAUUGUGCUGUAUGAGAGCCUCCAUUCCACCUACACUGUUGGUGUCCAGAGUCCCAAAACACCAUGGGAUUAUUUUCUCCAGGAGUUGGGUUCUGUUCUGGCAUGAGUAAUCUAGAUAGAGGCUUCUGGAAUGAAAGGCAGAAUAUGGAGGUUAGUCCCAGUUCAUUUUGAGCCAGCUUCUUCCUCCAUCUGCAGUACUUACUGUCAAAGAGCCCUCUCCUUCCAAAUUCCUAGUGACUUUAAGGAGAAAGUUCUGCAUUAAAUUCUACUAGAUCAAUAGAGAAAUACAGCAUAAUAUAGUAGGAUGAAAAAAAGGUAGUUGUAAGACUAGUAAGGAAACCCAAUGGGAAGUUUUUAUUUCUUUUAGAUAUUGCUUUUAAAAUAGAGGGUAAAUUCUUCACCAUCCUUCCUAUAUUUUUAACACCCAAAGUUAUAAUUUUUCUUCUUUCUUGUAAAUCCUUUAAACUAUUUAUUUUUGUAUGAUAUAACUGGAAACUAAAAUAUAUUCUAAAUAUUCUUUAUUCUGAACAAAUCGAUCAAAUUAGAAUACUUAUUUUUCAACAGUGGUAGAAGUAGAGCUUAUAAUAUAUGUUUGUGGAAAGUUAUCUGUAACACCAAUGUUACAAAAAGUUAUUGUGAGCAAGAGUCAUGUGUUUGCCUCAAGGAUUUUGCUCACGGUUUCCUCAGUGGUAUUGUUUCGGAAAUAUUCAAGUGGAGACCAUCACCAGUCAGAAUUUCUGUGCAAGGUUAUAAGGCAUCUUUCCAUGGACCUCCGUGGAGCCAUGGGUGAUAAAGAGGACAGUGUUGUUAGUCUCCAUCUUCCCUGCACAGGAAACCAUCCCUGGCUCAUAAAAUGAGACUCCUUCAGGGAUCAAAUAGGAAAUGACAUCAGUCACUCUGAUUCAGAGCAAUUUAAUUAUAUCACAUAGCCUUAAUUCAGAGUUUGGAAGGCUUAUUAAUUUGUUACUUAUAACUGGGGUUGGGAGAGUGUUAAACAGAGAGAAAGCAAGACAUUUAUUAAGCACCGCCUAUGUGCCAGGCACUAUGCUAAGCACUUUACAUAGUUGGGUUAUAUAAUCCCUAGAAGAACUCUAUACGGAAUAUUAUUAGUAUUUACAAUUUUCAAAUGAAGGUACUGAGGCUCAAAGAAGCUCAAUAAGUGAAGCCCUUUCCUUCAGAUAUAGGUUAUGUGAGAUGAAGCAGGAAUGAAAAGGCAAGGAAAGUGGAGUUACACUUCUAGGAAAAUUUCCAGGCCUCACUUCAUGGGAAUUUGUUUAUCUUAUCACAUGGAGUUUAUCUCAUCCUGCUUGUGCAGGAUGCCAUCUGCAUGUGUUCCCCAGAUGAUGUCUUUUCUUUGGAAAGUGAGGGUAUACCUUUUUCAUUCAUCCCUCUUGCUGAAAGAGGAGAUAGUUGAUAUUGCAUCAAGAGAUGCUAUAAAACAAUGGGAAUUUGAUGUUGUACAUAUCCACAAGUAUCAUUUUUGUGCAUGGUCACAAUCCACUGACAUUUUCUAAGUACUGCAUGCAAUUCUGAACAGAAGACGAAAAGGUUACCACAUCAAAGCCUCCCUGGCAGGGGGUGGGGUCAGGUCAGAAGAUCCACCACCCAGGGUGUUAAUACAAGCUGCACAGAUGUGCUGCAUGCAUCCUGCACACCUUUCAAAAUGGCUUUUUAAAAAUUCUCUCCAAAUGAAAUGGUUUGCUCACUAUCCCUGGUCUCAAGGAACCAAGGAAGAGCCAUUCAUGUAAAAGAUCCAGGGCUGAUCAGCCAUCUGACUUUUCUACCCAUUAAACUUUCCUUUAAAUCUCACCAUUGGUGACAGCUUGAAGUGCAAAGAGCCAUGAUGUGUAUGUUAUCCUAUGUGCCACAUAUUUAUUUUUAGACUCUCCUCAACAUUCAUGUCAAGGUAACAUUCAUGUCAAGAUGACAUUAAUGCCUAAAUGUUAUAAAUACUGUACAUUUUGUAAAUAAAUUAAUAAAGGGUUUAAGUGUA